AUGGGCCAACUUUUGUCACAUCCAUUGACAGAAAAGUCUAUUAUAUACAAUGACUACGAGCAGCCGUCACCGAAUGGGCCCAGAGGUCGCUCAGGAAAUAAGCACCCACUUCCUAGCGGUAGAGAACGCGGAGUCGGUCUUCGAUUUUUCAAUUGUGUAGGGACAAUGCAAGGGUACCGACUCACUCAAGAGGACGCCCAUCUUAUCGCUAACCAUGACUCAGCUUUGGUAGUAAAGUUUUACAACCCCUUCCUAAACGCCGAAGAGAAUCUGUCAAUAUCAGUUUUUGGCGUUUUCGAUGGGCAUGGGGGUGGUGAGUGUUCGCAGUUCGUUGGUUCGCAAAAUAACACGUCUGAGGGUAUUAGCAAAUGGAUAAAGCAUGCCUUCGAAACCCACGAAUAUGGUUCUUUGACUAACUCGGAUCAUACACAAAGAAACUGUUCUAUACUUUUUCACACGCUCGAAGGACUUAUAUGUCAAAUUGUGAAGGACGCUUUUAUCAUGCAAGACAGAGAACUAUACUGCCACUUUUCCGAGGAGUCAUGCGGCUCCACAGGAAUCUUAGCCUUAAUUAUCAAUGGAGAAAUGCUUUACGUUGCAAAUACAGGUGAUUCGCGAUGCGUUUUGUCCACCAAGGGUAGGGGUGUGAAGACGUUGUCGUACGAUCACAAGCCGCAACACAUCGGCGAAUUAGUACGGAUAAAUGAUGACGGUGGAACAGUUUCUUUAGGAAGGGUCGGUGGAGUGUUGGCCCUCAGUAGGGCUUUUGGCGAUUUCCAAUUUAAAUCCAGCGUAUCCUAUACUAACAAUUCUUCUGGGCCUUACGCGGGCCAGAAAUAUGUUGCUCCGGCACAGGAAUCACAGGUCACGGUGGAACCUGAUGUUCUGCCUCACCGAAUAUGCUAUGAUCGUGACGAAUUUUUGGUGUUAGCCUGUGAUGGAAUAUGGGACCUUUACAGUAAUAAAAAUCUAGUUCAAUUCAUAAAGUACCAUUUGAUGUUGGGAUUAAAGCUUGAUGAAAUAGUGACUAAACUGCUGGACCACGGAAUUAAUUCAGCCGAUAGUAACACCGGUGUGGGUUUUGAUAACAUGACGAUCAUUAUAGUUUCCCUAAAUCGAAAGGACGAGUCGUUGGGUCAAUGGUACAACAAGAUGAAAACAAGGCUAGAGAGGGAAAAGGGGUUAAUAGCAUAA